CCCAGCAGCAGGGCUGGUUAAUGAGUUUAAGAAGGAGAGGGGAGCGGCCGCAUUCUGAAGGCUGAAGUUCACCAAGAGACAAUCUGGGAGAAGAUAGGAAGACAGCACCCAACACUUGGCUACCAAGAAAAGGAACACUGCCUGAAGAAGGUAAUUCCCUGAGACUUAAGCUGGCAUCAUGCCACAGGAAGUCAAGACCGACAUUCCAAAAGUCCUCAAUAAAACCACACCAGGGCUUCAGAUAUGGAGAGUAGAGAACAUGAAACUGGUGCCCUGUCCAUCUAAAACAUUCGGACAGUUUUAUGAGGGAGACAGCUACAUAAUACUUUACACUCACAAGACCAGCAACAACUUCUCCUACGACAUCCAUUAUUGGUUGGGCAAAUGCACUUCCCAGGAUGAGCAGGGAGCAGCGGCAAUAUACACCACCCAGAUGGAUGAGCACCUGGGGGGCAUUGCCGUGCAGCAUCGAGAGACCCAGGGCCACGAGAGUGCCACUUUCCAAGGAUACUUCAAACAAGGCAUAAUAUACAAACAAGGUGGAGUUGCAUCUGGGAUGAAACAAGUGGAGACCAACACAUACAACAUUCGAAGGCUGUUGCAUGUGAAGGGAAAUAAGCAUGUGGUUGCAGGAGAGGUGGAAAUGAGCUGGAAGAGCUUCAAUCAAGGUGAUGUGUUCUUGCUGGACCUGGGGAGCCUGAUCAUUCAGUGGAAUGGACCUAAAAGUAACCGUAUGGAGAGGUUAAAGGGGAUGAACCUAGCAAAGGACAUCCGUGAUCGGGAAAGGGGCGGUCGAGCACAAGUGACUGUCGUGGAAGGAGAUGAUGAGAAAUCAUCUGAGGAAGCCAUGAAACUGAUGAAGAAGGCACUGGGAGAGAAAAGAGACACCAUCAAAGAUGCAAUCCCAGAUGAGAUUGUGGAUGAGAAAUUGAAGACUGCCAUCAAACUAUUUCAUAUUUCAGAUGCUGAUGGAAACCUUGUGGUACAGGAGGUAGCAGUGAAACCACUCACACAAGAUCUACUGAAAACUGAGGACUGUUACUUGCUGGAUCAAGGUGGAUUAAAAAUUUUUGCCUGGAAGGGCAAAAAGGCAUCAAAAACUGAGCGGGCGGAGUGUCUGAAGAAAGCAGAGGCCUACAUAAAGGCAAAAGGCUAUCCUGCAUCCACCUAUGUAGAAACAGUUAGCGAAGGUGCAGAAUCAUCAGUUUUCAAGCAGCUCUUCCAACGGUGGACGGAGAAGGGACAGACAGUCGGGCUGGGCACCACACACAGUCCAGGGAAAAUAGCCAAGGUUGAGCAAAUCAAGUUUGACGCCACCUCAAUGCAUGCCAGACCUGACAUAGCUGCACAGCAGAAAAUGGUGGACGAUGGAUCAGGUGAAGCUGAGGUAUGGAGGAUAGAGAACAAUGAACUUGUCCCUGUGGAUAGGAAGUGGCUUGGGCACUUCUAUGGUGGGGACUGUUACCUCAUUCUCUACAAAUAUGAAGUCAGCAGCAAGCUUCACUACAUUCUGUACAUUUGGCAAGGUCGUCAUGCCAGCACAGCUGAGUUGGCAGCCUCUGCAUAUCAGGCUGUGAUUCUGGACCAGAAGUACAAUGGAGAACCGGUGCAGGUUCGCGUUCCCAUGGGAAAGGAGCCCAUGCACCUGAUGGCCAUCUUCAAGGGUAAAAUGGUUGUUUAUGCGGAAGGGACUUCCAGAGAAGGCUCCACCCACACUCAGCCACCAGUAAGACUGUUUCAUUUCCACGGAACGAACGAGUUUAACACACGUGCCACUGAGGUGCCUCCACUUUCAUCCUCUCUAAACUCCAAUGAUGUGUUUGUGCUCAGCACAGAGAAGUGCUGCUACCUGUGGUAUGGCAAGGGUUGCAGUGGAGAUGAGAGAGAGAUGGCUAAAACGCUGGCUGACAUCAUCUCUAAGAGGGAGAAGCAAGUUAUUGCAGAAGGUCAGGAACCUGCUGACUUCUGGGUAAGCCUUGGUGGAAAGUCCCAGUAUGCCAGCAGCAAAAGACUUCAGGAUGAGAACAGCAAUAUCACUCCACGGUUGUUUGAGUGCUCCAAUCAGACUGGUCGCUUUAUAGCAACAGAGAUUACACAUUUCAACCAAGAUGACCUGGAUGAAGAUGACGUCAUGUUGCUGGACAUCUGGGAUCAGGUGUUCCUGUGGAUCGGUAAAGGUGCCAAUGAUAAGGAGAAGAAGGACGCAGUGCUUACAGCACAGGAAUAUCUGAAGACCCAUCCUGCAGGACGUGACCUGGAUACACCUAUCUUGGUGGUGAAGCAAGGGUUUGAGCCACCUACUUUUACAGGCUGGUUCCAUGCCUGGGACCCUCAAAAAUGGAGUGGUGGGAAAUCCUAUGAACAGCUCAAAUCGGAGCUUGGAGAUGCAACUGAUCUUAUCAAAAUUACUGUGGAUUUGACCCAGCCUACAACAAACCAAACUAACUCAAAGGACUCUGGAGGCAUGAUGCCCCAGCCUGUCACGCAAACCUUUCCUCCUGAGAAGCUGGUGAACUGCCAGCCGGAGGACCUACCUGAUGGAGUCGAUCCUACAAGAAAAGAGGAUUAUCUCUCAAAUGAAGACUUUGCACUGAUUAUGGGAAUUUCUCGGUUGGAUUUCUAUGCCAUGCCAUCCUGGAAGCAACUGAACCUGAAGAAAGAAAAUGGCCUGUUUUAGGAAGGCACAAAUACUUAAUCUUAACUCUCUGAAUGCCAGUAGUGGUGCUAUGCAAAAACACUACAGUCAGGAUCCUUUCCUUUCAGAUUUAGAUUGACAUGUUAACAUAUAAUUACUUUAUUUAAAUAUAUAUUUUGGAAAAGCUAGCAAAUUGGUAAUAUAAAAGAGAAAGUGUCAUAUUUAAUGUUAUGGAGCUGAAUUAAUUGCCUUAAAGUAUAAUUUCAAUUGAACAGAGGAUAUGGAAUAUAUGGGGAAAUGAAGUUUGCAGAUCUGUAUUUUUUUACACAGGUAUUUGUUUUGGGUGUCAAGUGGACAAAUUCAAGCACUUACCAAAAGCUGCUUUUCUUCAGUGGCUUAAGCACUACAGUACAAUUUAAUAUGUUUACUAAGAUAAAGGUUUUAUGUGAGUUUAAUUAAUGUAUAAAGAGUAUUAAUUAUAAACAAAUCUUGGAGACUAUGCGUUCUCAUUUCUAACUUCCACAUUGUCAAUCUUUCACUGUAUGCAAGAGGCACUUCACCUGUCUAAUGGAAAGUCAAUAAACAGAAGGGGAAAAAACUCAGU